CCCUCCAAACGUCAUAAAGCAACGCCGUUACGGCCUUCUGACAAAGCACCCGGAUGGAGUCGCUCCACCCAGGUUCAGAAGCCAUAUUUCAUCACUUCACAUUGGUCACAUGAUCUGUAACGCCAUUCAGUGAGCAAACGGGCUGCACAAGCAGGUGUAUAAUGAAUCCCAGUAUGAAGCAGAAACAAGAAGAAAUCCAAGAGAAUGUAAAGAGUAGGCCUGUGCCAAGAAGAACGCUGAAGAUGAUUCAGCCUUCUGCAGCUGGAUCUCUUGUUGGAAGAGAAAAUGAGUUGUCUACAGGCUUAUCCAAAAGGAAACAUUCAAAUGACCAGUUAACACCUAAGACUUCAAGCUCUGGACCUGUUAUUGACCCAGAAUCUAGUGAAAACAAAAAUCUUGGAGGAGUCACCCAAGAAGCAUUUGAUCUUAUGAUUAAAGAAAAUCCAUCUUCUCAAUAUUGGAAAGAAGUGGCAGAAAAACGGAGGAAAGCUCUCUAUGAAGCCCUUAAGGAAAAUGAGAAACUUCAUAAAGAAAUUGAACAAAAAGACAAUGAAAUUGCUCGUCUAAAAAAGGAGAAUAAAGAAUUGGCAGAAGUAGCAGAACAUGUACAGUAUAUGGCAGAGGUAAUAGAGAGACUGUCUAGUGAACCUCUGGGUAACUCUGAAUCAUCGGAUAGCCUGGAAUUUGAUUCUGAAGAGGAAACUGCUGAGGAUUGCGAAGUGGAAGACUCAGAAAGUGGCACAUGUGAAGAAAUCGUAUCUUCUACAGAUGCAAAGCCAAGUACAUGAAGUUCAUUAAUAUUAGACUUGAGAUACACUGCCAAUGUUUACCUCCACUCUAGUUCUGUGUAGCAGAGUAAAUAAGUACAUAAUGCAAAGGCUGGAAUCACAUUUCUUUGUUUGACUCCUGGGACCCUAAUAUUGUAUUCAAAUACUAUAUAUUUUUAAUCUGUGUUUUAUGUAAAUAAUAUUUUCACUCACUCAGUUGUCAGAUAUGACUUGUGUUUAUGAUGUGAUAAAUAAACUUCAAUUUCCUAUUGAACAUCAUAUAUCUUAGAAGAAUGAAGUAUGAAGAGUCUAUAGAAAAGGUGUCUAUUUCUAUGCUGUUACAUUGUUUGCUUUCUGUUACUGUCUUGGAAGAAAUGAGGGGAAGAUGAAUUUACCCCCAUUUAGACUGAGAUAACAUAUUUUAACUCUCAAGUCAAACCUGGCUGUACCUCAGACUUAACUGCACAAGUGACUUUCAGACCCCACUCUCAGAUACUCUGAGUAGUUUUUGGAGUGGAGCACGACAAUCUGUUUUCCACAAAUUUCCCUGAGUGGAAUACUGUCAAGCAGCAGAAAUGAAUAAACUGUGUAGAACUAAAUCAGA